GACCCGGGGACAGAGGCGAAGACAGUCCGGUGUUUGGAGUCGCUUCUGGACGCGCUGGAUCCGAGAGAGAAACACAAAGUAGAGGGGGCGAUGCUUGAAUCCACCAACCAACCCCCCCCCCCCCUCUUUGAAUCUCUCUGCUAUCAUUUAGACGACACAUCCCGACUGGCUGAGGAGGGGGGAAGAGAGAAAUGAAAAGUUGAAUGGCUACUCGAGGACACCUGGGUGCGUCAGGACAGGAGGGGUGACAAGAGAGAAGCGCACACUGAGAAUAAACUUUGGAGCAAGUUGAUGUUCCGGAGGUGAUCUAGCCGCUUCGAUCCGUGUUGUCUGCCGGACAGUGAGAGGAGCUCCACCGGAGACAAUAUAGAGAGAGAGAGCGGAUUUACUCCACCGUGUCUGAGGGACAGUCGCACCCGGAGAGGAGUGCUCGUCCUGCGGCUUGGAGACCAGAGAAUCACCGCUACCGGGAAGCAAACAAAAUAACUAUUUUGUUCUUUUUUUACAAUACAAAAAAUCUGGAGAUCGCACCCCAGCUAAGACACUUCGUAGUUAUUUUAAAUAAUCGGUGUUUUUUUUCUUGAAUCGGAGUUUUUUUUAUCGCUUUUCGCUCAGCAGUUAUUUUCCCAAGAGGUUUAACUAAAGAGUUUCAACGAUCUUGGAUGGGUCAGGCCAUGUAAAAUUCUGCGUGGAUGCCAGCAAGCCAGAUAUCGGGAGCUGGCUGAAGCUCAUCCAGUUUGCCCCUGCGGCCAAACAGCACAACCUGACAGCGUGCCAGAUAGAUGAUCAGAUCUUCUACAAAGCCACCCGUGAGAUUUUCCCCGGUGAAGAGCUGCUAGUUUUCAUGAAGGCUGAGGAGUUUUCAUGUGACAUCAUGGCUCCUGAUAUUCACGAGGAGAGGCAGUACCGCUGUGAGGACUGUGAGCAGCUCUUUGAGUCCCGCAGCCAGCUGCUGGACCACCAGAAGCAGCCGUGUGGGACGCCCCCCUCCUCCUUCCUUAACCCAGAAGGGGACAGUGACCUGCAGGACCAAGAACCUGAAGACCUGCGAUCCCUGCACAUGUCCCACGGCCUACACGAGUGUAAGGAGUGUGACCAGGUGUUCCCCGAUGUCCAGAGCAUGGAGGCCCACGCUAUGUCCCACUCUGACGACAGGGAAUAUAAGUGUGACCAGUGUCCCAAGGCCUUUAACUGGAAGUCAAACCUGAUCCGGCAUCAGAUGUCGCACGACAAUGGUGUUUGCUCCCCAGAUAGUAAAUCCCCCCCUGUGUGUGUGUGGUUCCUCCCCCAGCAGGUGUUCACAGACCCCAGUAACCUGCAGAGGCACAUCCGCUCUCAGCAUGUGGGGGCGCGGGCCCACGCCUGCCCCGACUGCGGAAAGACGUUUGCAACAUCUUCAGGCCUCAAGCAGCAUAAGCACAUCCACAGCAGUGUCAAGCCCUUCAUGUGUAAGUCACUAAGACCCUACCUAUGCGAGGUCUGCCACAAGUCCUACACCCAGUUCUCUAACCUGUGCCGCCACAAACGCAUGCACGCUGACUGCCGCACACAGAUCAAGUGUAAGGACUGUGGGCAGAUGUUCAGCACCACGUCCUCCCUCAACAAGCACCGGCGCUUCUGUGAAGGGAAGAACCAUUUCACAGCGGGGGGCUUGUUUGCCCAGGGUAUGCCGCUCUCUGGCGCCCCAGGUCUGGACAAAUCCGCUCUGGCGAUGGGCCACGGCGUCGUGGGGCUGGCUGAUUACUUUGGGGCGAGCCGCCACCACAGCGGGCUCACCUUCCCCGCCGCACCAGCGUUUCCCUUCAGCUUCCCCGGCCUCUUCCCCUCUGGACUCUACCACCGGCCACAGCUCAUUCCCGCCAGCUCUCCUCUCAGACAUCCUCUCCACGCACCUCUCCCGGGGCCCGAGCUGAACAAGAGCCCUCUUCUGGCUCCGAGCCCUGGCCUUCAGGAGUCCCGAGAGCUCCUCAAGGCUCUGCGUAAAGAUGGCGGCGGUCACAUGGCAGGAUCGGAGCGCCAUGGCCAGAGCUCCUCGUCCUCCACGAAGCAGCGGAACAAGCAGAGCGACCAGUCGGAGAGCAGCGACCUGGACGACGUCAGCACGCCCAGCGGGAGCGAUCUGGAGAGCACAUCGGGCUCCGAGCUGGAGAGCGACAUGGACAGUGAGAGGGAGAGGGGGGCUGCUCGAGAGAAUGGCAAAGGCCCCAAGAGGAAGGCCAGUGAAGGAGGCCCUCAGAGCCCCAGCCUGACAGGCAGCAGUGCUGCCAAAGACUUACCGGGCCCCUCCCUCAUCCCACCCUCGCUGGACGAGCACACGGCUGUAACAGGCGCUGUGAAUGACUCUAUUAAGGCCAUCGCUUCCAUUGCCGAGAAGUACUUUGGCUCCGCGGGGCUGGUCGGCCUGCAGGAAAAGAAGGUGGGCGCUCUGCCCUACCCCUCCAUGUUCCCGCUGCCCUUCUUCCCAGCUUUCUCUCCCCCAGUUUACCCUUUUCCAGACAGGAACCUCAGACCUGUAGGCCUGAAGGUCGAGCCUCAGUCUCUAGCUGAGGACAACAAGGCCCAGGGCAAGGCUGCCACAGCGUUUGACCUCACCACCAAGCGGAAGAUGGAGAAAUCUGCCACGUUUGCCCCCUCCAAACUCGGGGCCUCCCGCUCCAGUGGGCAGGAACAGCCUCUCGACCUGAGUCUGGGGGGCCGGGGUCGUGGAGGCAGAGAGGAGGAGACGAGGGGGAACAUGGGGUGUGAGGAGGAGAAGGCCGUAGUGGAGAUCCCGAAAGCUGACACUUCUUUGCAACACGCCAGGCCCACCCCCUUCUUCAUGGACCCCAUCUACAGCAGGGUUGAGAAGAGGAGGAUGAGCGAUCCGUUUGAGACUCUGAAAGACAAGUACAUGCGACCAGCACCCGGCUUCCUGUUCCAUCCACAGUUUCGUUUGCCAGAUCAGAGAACUUGGAUGUCGGCCAUCGAGAACAUGGCGGAUAAGCUGGAGACGUUUGGCUCCCUGAAGCCGGAGUCCGGCGACCUGCUGCGCUCCGUCCCCUCCAUGUUUGACUUCCGAGCCCCCCCCUCCGCACUACCAGAGACGCUGCUGCGCAAGGGCAAGGAGCGCUACACAUGCAGAUAUUGUGGAAAAAUAUUUCCGCGCUCUGCCAACCUGACCCGCCACCUCAGGACUCACACAGGAGAGCAACCGUAUAAGUGUAAAUACUGCGACCGCUCCUUCAGCAUCUCCUCCAACCUGCAGCGCCACAUCCGCAACAUCCACAACAAGGAGAAGCCCUUCAAGUGCCACCUGUGUGACCGCUGCUUCGGCCAGCAGACCAACCUGGACCGCCACCUCAAGAAGCACGAGAACGGAAACCUGUCGGGCACUGCGAUGUCGUCCCCUCGCUCUGAAGUGGACGGUAGCGGCGCCAUAUUGGAAGACAAAGAAGACUCUUAUUUUAAUGAAAUCAGAAACUUCAUCAGCAACACGGGCCAGAGCCAGACCUCCCCGGACCCCUCAGAGGAAGGGUUAAACGGCGUCCCAUUCGAAGAAGAGAAGCCGCUGAUGGCGAGCCGCGGGUCACGUGACUUGGAAGACGAGGAAGCGGAGGACCUCGGGGCUGAUGAAGAGGAAGGAGAAGAGCCGGGCAGCCUCCCUGGGAAACAGGAAGACGAGGCACUUCCCAGCAGCCUCGCUGACGACAUCAUACAGGACGAGAUGGACUUCAGCGGACCCAACGACUUGAACCUCAACUGCAAAACCUCUCCUCGGAGGUAUAAAGAGGAAGAGGAGGAGGAGGAGGAAGAGGAGGAGGAGGAGCAGAGCUACUCAGCCUUGGAUCAUAUCCGUCACUUUUCUGACAUGCGCAAGCUGGAUGAGAGCGAGAUGAGCGACGGGGACGGAGAUGAGGACGACGGAUCGUUUGGCUCCCCAUCGCUCGCUGACGCUGUCAAACAGCCGCUCUUUAGGAAGUCUAAGUCUCAGGCGUAUGCCAUGAUGCUGUCCCUGGCUGAGAAGGACUCUCUGCACCCGGCCUCCCACACCCCGGCCACCAUGUGGCACAGUCUGGCCCGGGCAGCUGCUGAGUCCAGUGCCAUCCAGUCCCUGAGCCACGUAUGAUGACACCCCUUCAGCGCUUCCCUUUCACAUUUCAACCCCCUAAAAACCUGACCUAUGGCACUGGGAGCCCACUGCAGGGUCCACAGAGUGACUGCUGAGCAGAACCACGGCCCACCUUGACUGCUGAGCGGAGCCUCACACCGAGCAGGGACCCCCAACACCUCCAACAGAUAGAGAGCAACACGUGCCUCUGAGAAUUGACUUCUUACACCAACCAGGAUGAUAGCAAAGAUAAUGAUCGUGGUGAAAAUAAUAAUAAUAGCUGUAUUUAUUCUGCUGAAUUUCUAUGUUUUGCACAGCGAAGGCAGCUGGUGGACAUGGAAGAUGGAUGUGCUGAUGUAUCAAUGCUACACAUGUAUAGCCCAGCACAUAGAGAGGGAGGAGAACAGUUGAUGUGGUCGUGUCUGUAAGACAGCCGGUCUCCGCCUUGUUUCACUGUGCGUAAGAGCCCUGACAAAAGCAUCAUUAAAUCAUAUUACAAGAAUCCCCCCUUUAUUAACCCCCAGAGAUCCACAGGUGUUUCUCAUAAAGACAUGUACUUGAUGAUAAAAAAAAAAUGAAGGGUGGGGCUAGCAGCCUCGAAUGAAAACCGCUCCAUGUACGGACAGCGCUAGAGGCGCUUCAAUAUCACUGAAGUCACUGAAGAACAAAUAUAAAAAAAGUAAUUGCUGAACUGAAAUCAGGCCAGUUUCCCAUCUGCGUUUUCAUGGCUGCGUGUGUCUGCACAAUCAUAGCACUGUACACGAGUGUCUCUGUUCUCUCCAUCUGCCCGCCUGCGCUAUCUGUGAAAGGAUAUAAAUAGAUUGUCUUUUUAGUGGAAGAGAAGAAAACACUUUUUACUGAAAUAGUAGCCAGUGCUGAAGUUAAUUGUUGUUCUGUAAAGGGCAUAAGUCUUCUUUCCCAAUCCAUCCUAGUCAGCCAACAAUACCACUAAAUAGCCUGAAUGCUAGUCGUUAGCUACUCCAUGCUCGUGUGUCUUUCAUUUUUUAGACAAUCAUGAUUUUGUUUCCAUUUUUUUCGUUGGUGUUGUUGUUGUUAUUUGCUGUUGUAUGUUGAGAAUUGUAUUUAUUUCUUGGCAAACUGUAGUUUGUUUACUGAAUAGCACUGCUCUUAGCCCGGGUGAGAGGGGGAGAUUCUUCACCGGGCCUAUCCCAGAGUUCAAUGGGGUUUGUAGAUUACAUUUGAGUGCCGGAUAGUAUUAAACAUACAAUUCACUCCUUAUUCUUCUAAUGAAACCGGUCGAUGAAUAGAUAUUACUUAGGGGUUUUUGUUUUCUAUGACAAUUUAAUGAUUCAAUUGUAAAAAAAAAACAUUAUAAAGAAUAAGUAAUAAAAAAAAGCCAGGUAUAAUUUCUUCAUAAACGCAUGAUUGGUCUGGUAAGAUCUGUAUCUGACAUUUUCUACGGUUGUCUGCAAGCUUGUGUGACGUUCGGUUCAUGUUAAUCCCUUGUGCCAAAUUUAUGAUAAAUAACAGAUUACUUUUCAUUUAUUCUCCCGUUUUGAGGGACCAGAUUUGUUUUUUGUCGUUGUUUUUGUUUAUAAUCGAUUUAAAAAAAAGUAAUCAGCGAGUUGAGGUACUUUGUUUUAAUGCUUUCUACAAUGUAACUGUUAUGCAUUUCAAUUCAAUACUGUGGGAGGAACAACUAAGAAAUAAAGGACUACAAUGUGGAUUGA